GAUCGUAGUUUUUUUGAUGAUACACAAUAUUUAGCAAAUAUACUUUUUCCAAUUAAAAAUGCAAUUCUUGAAGUUGAAGAAAAUCAAUCUAAUCUAGCAGAUUGUUAUAUUGCUCUCUUAAAAAUCGGUGCUACAAUUACAAAGUUAUUUCAAGAUGAAUAUAAUGAAUUUAGAAACUAUUGCACUCAA